AUGCCAUUAACUUUCGAAACCAAGCGUAUAUUGUUUGAUGGAAAUCCCUAUACAAUAGUUCUACAAAACGAAAACGGUCCAUGUGCCUUAUUGGCCCUGGUCAAUGUCAUACUGCUGUCCAACGAAUAUAUUGGUCUGAAGGAACCAUUAACUGAACUGGUAAAAAGAAAAAGUAAGAUAGAUUUAGAAGAUCUGCUGCAAAUUUUGGCCAAUAUAGGCUUAGCAACUUCAAAAAAUGAGAAAAAUGAUAAAGACAUAGACAAGUUAUUACAACUACUACCAAGUUUGCAUACUGGGCUGAACAUAAAUCCAAAAUUUGAUGGGACUUUUGAAGAUAACCAAGAAAUGCUUCUAUUCAGACUUUAUAACGCUGAUGUUAUUCAUGGCUGGGUCAUGGAUCCAGAGGGGGCUCAAGGUAAUGAGAAGCUAUCGCACUUUUCUUAUGAACAAGCUCAAGAAAUACUAACAUCUUCUUUUGAUAUGGGAGAUGGCAAACAAAAUCCAGGAAAGGACACUCAGACACCAGAUGAUGUUAGCCUGCUAACAACGUUUAUCGAUGGCUCACCGACGCAAUUAACAGAAUAUGGUAUUAAAACUAUACAAAAUAUUCUAAAAGAUAAUUCAUUCGCUGUCCUAUUCAGAAAUAAUCAUUUUGCUACAAUUUUGAAGUACAAGGGCAUUUUAUAUGUACUGGUCACAGACCAGGGUUUCAAAGAUUGCAAAGAAAUUGUUUGGCAAGCCAUGAACUCUGUUGAUGGAUCUAAAGACAUGUUUUGUACUUCAACUUUUGAGCAAACCCCACUACUCACGGAAGACAGUUACAAGAGGACCCAAAAUAAGAAUGAGCCCGUCGAAGAGCAAUAUACGACAGACGAGGCAUUGGCUCAGCACUUACAGGAAGAAGAAGAUAGAAAAAUGGCUGAAGAACUUGACAAAAGACAACAGCCAAAGAAAGAAAAGCGCAAUAAGCAAAGCAAUAAGGUAAAACCAAUAAAUGCAACAAAGUCGAAAACCGAGGGCAAAGGUAACAUGCAAUCUAGAAAAUCCCAACUAGAUGAUUCAAUGCAUAAAUCAAAAAAAAGACAAAUGAUUCUUGUACUAUAUCUUGAAAUAUUUUUUAAAAUUCUGAUUUAA